UAGCCGAUUGCCGCCGCGUAGUGUAUCGGUCGUCCCGCACAUGCAUCUAACAACACUCUCGCAUAAACGCUAUUUGGUGUUGUUUAAUAAAAUAUACGUUUUGUUUUUUGUGUUCCAAGCCUUUUUGUAGCCGACAACCGAAAUCAAAAUGACUCUCGUCCAACCAACGCCGGAGAUGCAGUUGCACAUUCGUUCAGAGCUCAACGAAGACGUGGCCACCAGAGAAAAGGAUUUGGAACACAUCAAAGAAUGGUUGCGCAUGCAACCGCACUUACCGCAGUUCCAAGAUGACGCUCGUAUUAUGACAUUCCUCAGGGGAUGUAAGUUUUCCCUGGAAAAAACUAAGAGGAAAUUAGAUAUGUACUUCACAAUGAGAGCUGCUGUACCUGAAUUUUUCAGCAACCGAGACCCUACCUUACCGGAAAUUAAGGAGGUCAUGCGAGUUGUAAAUGUGCCACCACUUCCGGGAUUGACACCAAACGGACGUAGGGUUAUUAUCAUGAACGGAAUGGAUUUGGACCAAAUGUCAGCUAAUGUGUCCGACGGUAUGAAAGUGGUAUUGAUGAUAGGGGAUAUCAGGUUGAAGGAAGAACACAUCGGUGUGGCCGGUGACGUAUAUGUGCUGGAUGCAAGUGUAGCUACACCAGCAAACUUUGCCACUCAUUUUGCCAAGUUCACACCAUCUUUGAUCAAGAAAUUCUUGAUUUGCGUACAGGAAGCGUACCCAGUGAAACUCAAGGAGGUUCACGUGAUAAACGUAUCGCCCAUGGUCGACACUAUAAUUAACUUUGUAAAACCGUUUUUGAAAGAAAAAAUUAGAAACAGGAUACAUGUGCAUUCAUCGUUGGAAUCGUUGAAUAAAUUUGUACCUAAGGAGAUGAUGCCAGAAGAGUACGGUGGACUCGCUGGACCUAUGGCCGAAAUCAACAAGCAAUGGUACGAAAAAUUAGUUACAUACAGGGAUUGGUUUAAGGAACAAGAAAAAAUUAAAGCCGACGAAUCUAGGCGUCCUGGUAAGCCGAAGACACACGACGACCUCUUUGGAAUGGAAGGUUCCUUCAAACAAUUGUCUAUUGAUUAGCUGAUAACGGCUAACAAGUGAACAAGAUGUUGUUUAAUCAAAUUCCUUUUUUUUUUUUUUAUAUAUAUAUUAUUAAAACUAUAUACUUGCUGUUAAUACUACUAUAUACAUAUUGUUCAUACGUAAGACUUUUUUUUUUUUGUUAACUGGGUGGUAGCCUAGGCCUAUGUUAUUUUUGUAAACUAUACAAUGUUCAAUGAUUUGUUAUUUCACACAAAUGACGACGAAUUAAUUUCAAUUGUUUGCAUUUUACAAUGACACAACCUUUUUUUUUUUUGAAAUCAAUUACUCAAAGUCUGUGCAAUAGAUUAUACUUGUUUAAGCUUAUUGUCGCACCCUUACACUAACAAUGUACAUCCAGAUAUGCAUAAAACUUUUGUAAUUUAUCUUGGUAUUAAAAAUUCACACAUCAUAUACUGCACAUAUUGUAAUCGAUAAUGGUCACAAAACGUAAUAUAAGCAUAUUUUUAAAUUGUUUUUUAUUAUCACUUUUGGUUUUUUAUAAUAAAACUCAGCACUCGUGUACCAAGCAAA